AUGCAGUGUAUAAUUUCACUGCAGAAAACUUCCCACAGACUGGGAGCAACCAAUUUUACAAUGAAGUGCUUUCUGGGUAUCCUUUUUGCCUUUGGCAUCUUGGUGACACUAUGCGAUGCAUUCUGUUUUUAUCAACGAAAUGACCCAUUGAAAUCUACCGAAGGUUGUAUUCAAGAUGGAAAGCUGCAUGGAUUUGGUACCUCUUGGACUGCAAAUUGCAACAGAUGUCACUGCAGCCAGAAUGGAAUACGCUGUUGCUCCACCUAUCAUUCGCCUGCGGAUUAUGACAGAGAAAAAUGUGAAAGCAUUUUCAACAAGGACACCUGCAGCUACAGCGUGGUGGAGAAGGCCGACCCCUCGAAAGCCUGCGCAGUCCGUGGUUGGGUGGGUUAA